GCUGUACUCCACAACAAUAACAAAGCUAGCAGUUGGGACUUCGGAAACGGCGAGAAAAGUAACGAACAUUGACUCCGAAUGUAUAGUCCCCAAUAAAAUAUUUUUAUUUCUUCUGUGAAGAAACCACGGUCUUUAUAUUAUCCAAACAAGUAAUCUACCUCUUUAACAAGGAUUUAUAUUGAAAAUCAUUCGUUUUUUAACAGUUUACAUUUUUCCUUGCCGCAGGGCCUUGUUGUACUGUAUCUUGCACUGAUUAAGGAGACGCCUGGGCCUGAAGAGAACAUGUUCAGACCCUGCCCUCUUCUGAGCCUCGUAUGAUCCCAGACCAAAACACAUUGAUGCACUUUAGCACCUUCCACGGAGCCUCCUCCCAGCCAAGGAACCGGCAGCUGAUGAGCCAGAAAUCCGGCCCCCGCCCAAACCCAGGCCCCCGCGCGCCCCCCAAGGCCCCGGGAUGUUCCAGAGGUUCGCCAGCGCUCUGUUCGGGGACGAUGAGGACGAUGUGAGUCGCCUCGAUCGGCCAGGACAGAGUGAGGAAGACGAGGAGGAGCAUGACGAUUGGAUUCUGGUGGACUAUCUGGGAGACGCGAGGGCAACCUCGGGCGGUGCUGGCCUGGCCGGUGGUCCCGCUGGGCCUGCAGGCCAGGACGAGGAAGACGACGAGGAAGACCUGGUGAUGAUCCCCUCGCCGAUGGCCACGCCCAGCGUCCGAUACGCCUCCUGCACCUCCCUCAACUCCAUGGCCGACACCGACGCAGAAGGGGGGCCCGAGGACGAGGCCGACGACGAGGGGGAGGACGAAGAGGAAGACGAGGAGGAGGAAGAGGAGGAGGAUGGGGGUUUCCUGCGUCUGGGGGCCUGCGCCCUGGAGGAGAGCUGGUUUGUGACCCCUCCCCCGUGCUUCACGGGCCGGGGCAGCAAGAACAUCCAGCUGGAGACCAGUCCCCUGGAGAACCUCCUGAUCGAGCACCCCAGCAUGUCCGUCUACGUGCACCACAGCCCCCCGCGGCUCAGCCUGAAGCCCCUGCCCCAUUCCCUCAACCUGGAGGUGGACCGCAGCCUGGGCCUGGCCGGGCCGCCCUGCUCCUCGCCUGGGAAGGAGAAGGGCCGACGCUCCCUGGACAACCCCCGCCACCGGCCGGAGGUAGCAGACAGCCAGCGUCGCCCCAGCCUCCACGCGACCUGCUUCGCGGCGGCGCUCUCCGCCCGGGCUAGCCUGCUCCAGCAGCAGGGGCAGACCCGGGGCCGGCGGGCCCAGCGCAGCCAGCCCCUCUCCCGCAACGCCAUGCGGCGCGGCAACCUGCUCUGCCUACCGGCCGCCAGCAAGCAGGGCAGGGCCAACACCAUGUACCUCCACCAGCCCAACCAGAGACACCUCAACUACUGAGGGGUCCUGGGGCCGCAGCCCACCGUGUUGUCCUCAUUGCAAUCACCAUCAUCAUCACCAUCAUCAUCAGUUCCCAGCGUUCAACCAAGAAUACAAUCCAGUAUGAAGAUCAUGUCCGUAUAGGAAAGACACCAUAACCAGCCUUCUGCCAGAGAAAGAGCCAUGUCGUACACGACCAAAACAAAACACACCAAUGCACGUCUUUCCAUCUGGUUGGUCUACCAUACUUGAAUUUCUGGCUUGGGACAAUUUAGAGGAGUUAGAUCAGAUAUAUUGGUGGGCUCGGUUAGGCUCGAAACAAGGGAAAAUAAACAGAACUCACAGGCUAGCGGCUAAAAGUGAAUUUACUGUGCAAAUGUCCAUCCCUCCAUCCAUCCAUCAUACAUCAGAUUAAUUCCUAAAAGAAGGGAUGUGAGAAAAAUGUCUGGCAUUCUAAUCACCCCAAUCCAUCGCCCAUCGUUUUGAUACACCGGCCAUUUUGUCAGUCUCAACUGUCCUGAGCCCACCUCCCAGGAAGCAACCUGUUCUUCUUCAUGGACUCCAUAAUUUUUAGUAUCAAUGCUGUAGGUCACUUUAAUUAUUGGCACAUACAACGUCUCCAUACCAGGACAGCCACAGAUAGAUCAUGUUAUAGGAGUUUGGGGGAGGGCUUGUGGUGUCAUUCAGAGGUUGUAUAGAAUCAGGGGGAUGAGGGGGCCGCAAUACGUUUGGCAACGCUCUGGGGAAACUUGAUUGGACAGCAGGAGGCUUUUACUUUAGUUAGGCUAAACCGCCCUUUUGUUUCUUAUUGUGUGUUAAUCCCAAAUUGACUAGAUCUCGCCUUCUCCCCUGCAGCUAAGGUAGUGGGAAAAACACAGUAUACAAUCAAAUUGUUCAGUGCAAUACGAUACAUAGAAUCACAAGGUCAAGUGUGCACCAGCAGCCACUGUCGGAGAUUAGGGAACAACAGGGAAUCCUGUUGUUAGAAAGAUGCAGCAGACAGUUGGAAGGAGUGAAUCGGGCAGGCCAUUCUCAGCUUAAGACCAGGGCUGGACUGAGAUCUGCUCUGAGACCGGCACCAUGGAGCAGGCCUAAAGUCUAAUCUCUCCUCCUGAAAGAUUGAGUUUUAGAGGCUUUCACCUCACUCUAUAGUUGCUCUAGGCAUCCAGUGUCGCUUGCAUCCUCUUUGCGUCCUUCAACGUUUAUUUAUGGACAUACUUGACAUCGACAAAAUGACCCCUCUCAGGCGGGCUCUCCUUGGGCUUUUAGGUGAAGAACGCCUUGGACUUCUUAAUUCAGUAAUCUUUGAAAAUAUUUUUAAAAAAUAAGAGGUAAAUAUUACUGGGUUAAAUAUCACUUAACACAUUGUUUUAAAUGGUAGCUUUGAGAAAAAAAGAAAUGUAAAAACGUAUUUAAAAAUGAAAAAAAACUUCCAAAAUAUUUUUGAAAAGAAAAAAAUAUUACAUAUCAGUAUGAAGAUGGUAUAUAUGAGUCUGUUAUCUUGAGUAGGUAUGUUUGGUCAUGUUUGGUUAUAUCUGGUCACGUUAGUAUGCAGCUUGUUGCAUGGUCGUAGAAUUGUUAGCGGUGGGUAAAAGAAAAUGAAAAAAUAUUUUUUUCCUUAUUAUUCUCAUUACUAUAUUGUUGUGUUCUAUAAAAGUAUAUCUGCAGUCCACUUCUCAGGGUCACGGACAGUCACCAAUACUUGAUGGCUGAUAAUUGUCUCACAUGGGGGCCUUCCAGACUCUGGUCCCAGUUUGAGAUCCCUAAUAAAAUGUUAGUAAUCAGGGAUCGUCUCCCUGCGCGUCUCAAAAGAUUUGAUUGGUCCCAGGACUGUGAAAGUAGAUUUCUUAAGCUCUCAAUCAACUGUAAGAUGGAGGGAAAUGGUUGGUCUUUUAUCAACGUGUAUCUGUUUUGUUUGGUGUACCUCAUAUGGUUAAGAGUUGUAAUUGUAUGCCUUUUAUUUCUUUUAAGUUACUAACCUAGUUCACAUUUUCUGUUGACCGGUAAAAUAUUUGAAAACCAAAAAAGUUGCAACUAUCUUUAACUUUAAAGUACUCGUUUGUACUGUAGUUACUUUGUUAUUUUUUGCUUACUAUGUCUGGGCUAAAGGGUGGUUGCUGUGUGAAAACAAACAAUAGUCUUUCAGGAUCCCAGCAACACUGCAAAAAAAUAUGUCUAUAAUCAUCUUAACCGACCACUGAAUCAGGUAUUCAGUCUUAAAUGUACCUUUUCUUACAAGUAGCACUACAUUACAUUGAAAUAGCAAAUUCCCUUCUUUUUUAAAGCAAUUUCUCAGCUAUGUGACCAUGACAAGUGAAUGAACAGAAUCUAAAAAAAAUAUUUUGUUACACUUUUUUAUUUCUUUAGAUUACUGGGCUCAUUACAAGAUUUAAUAAUUUAGUACGGACACCAUUUGAAGUGGAAGUUCUAAAACUCCAAGUCAGUCCAAGUCCAGUCAGUUAUUAUCCAUAUUCAUGUUUUCUAUUCAAAUCUGUUUGCUUGUUUUUCUUACAUUGUCCACCUCUGUGAUCAUAGCACAUACCUUUUAAAAAACUAAAAAAAGAAAGCCUAGCCCAUGUGUAUUAGAGCAUGGCACAUAGGCAAAAACAAAUUGUGUUAUGUGUUAGUAUGGUUGAGUGUACAUACAUGUAUUGCUCCUGGAGUGACUCUCACUGUUGUAUUGAAUCUUUUCGUUUUGAAGCGUACAUGUGAUCAACCUUUUGUGGUCGUCAUAGAGCCGUCUUGAUCUUUUCACAUUGCGUUGGAAUGUUUUAAAAAAUAAUAAUUACAAGUUGUGAGGGACAGGAGAAAAAGAAGCGUUGCUUGGCGAUUGUCUCCUACUUUUUUGUUUUUCUCCAAGGGAAUUCUGGGAGGAGGAGGAGGCCUAUUUUGAACUCUUCUGUCCACCGCUCAAUGGUCAUAUGUGGAUCAUGAAACCAACAGGGAUUUGUAUUGUUUUUGUUCAAUGCCUUUGAAAUUCUGCCGUCACGGAUCACGUGCCUUCCCGGGGACAAAUCAUUGUCGUCAACAAUGUGUCACUGAAGAACUUUGAACUCAACGUUGUGUCCUGAAUUGGACACACACACACACACACACACACACACACACACACACACACACACACACACACACACACACACACACACACACACACACACACACACACACACACAAACGGACAAACAAAUGCUCAACAGAUCUACAGACGUCAAAGCUAAAACUAUGCACCACUGGAGGUAGCUUUCUCCCUCUCUGUGACCCCCCCCCCCCCAUGAAUCCUUGUACAGCUUUUAUAGACAAACAAAACGAUGUAGCAAGCCCGUUUCCUCUUGUUUUCAAAUACGUGUGAAGAAUAUUUUGUGGCAUUUUUGUUUCUCAUCAAGUGUUACUUUUUUUGUUUUGCUUUUAUGUAGUUUACUGGAAUAAUACAGCACUUUGCCAAAAGAAAAAAAAAAGUUGUGGGAUUAUGGUUUUAUUUAUCAACAUAUCUGGUCUUUUGUGUUUUAGACAUGUGACUGAACAGUUUGUUCUGUCAUGGUAAGAAACGGAAACGUAGGGUCAUCUAUGUUCAAACUAUUACAGUUAAUACAUGUGAUCUCUGAAUGACUUACAAUAAAUGUUUUCAUACACAUAA